AUGGAUGAUAGAGUAACAGAAUCUCAUCUUCCUCGCCUCAAAUACUUACAAGUAGUUGUAACGGAAACUCUUCGACUGCAUCCUCCAACGCCACUUAUGCUUCCUCACGCAUCUCCAGAGAGUUCAAGGGUAAUAAUGGGGCAUUUCAUUCCUCCAAAUCCUCGGGUGAUGGUGAAUGUGUGGGCCGUGGCAAGAGAUCCAAAUGCGUGGGAGAAGCCGCUGGAAUUUAAUCCGGAUCGCUUUGUGGACAAUCCCGUUCAUCUCGAUGGAAGAGAUUUUCGAAUAAUACCAUUUGGUACAGGGCGAAGAAUGUGCCUCGGAUAUAAUCUGGGGCUUCGUAUGAUUCAUUUUGCACUUGCAAGCUUUGUUAAUGCAUUUGACUGGUCGCUUCCACCUUGUGAAGAAGCCCAAGAUUUGGACAUGAGUGAGAAAUAUGAACUCUCAAUUCACAGGAAUGUUCCUCUCAAUAUUUUCGCUACUCCUCGUCUGCCGACCCAUCUCUAUAAUAGUCAACAAAAAGCGGGUCACAUGUAA